ACGGCGCUCAGUGUGAGGCGGAGAGUGCAGAGCUUUGCUGUUUGCUGUUGAAUUGCUUUAACUCCACUUCUGUUUCGGGUGUUGUGCGUCUAUUCAAAUGAAGCUCCUCCUCCUCCAGUGAAGCUCCUCCUCCUCCAGUGAAGCUCCUCCUCCUCCAGUUCAGCUGUAAACACUGUGAUAUUCCCAUCAGGCUCCAGUGAAGAGUUUAUUGAAGGACAGCGAGAACAUGAGUGAUCCAGAACCCUGCAGAAUUAAACAUGAAGACACUGAACAACAAAUAGACCUCAUUGAAGAGUAUGAGGAGAUUAAAGAGGAGGAACAUCAUGUCAAGAUUGAGGACAAUCAUUUACAGACUGAUGGUAUUUUGAAAAAGAAAAAUAAGAAUUGUUUUACCUGCACUCAGUGUGGACAGUGUUGUGAAGGAAAGGCCAAUCUUAAGAUUCACAUGAGAAUCCACACUGGAGAGAAACCAUUCACCUGCACUCAGUGUGGCAAGAGUUUCAGCCAAUCAUCAUCCCUUAAUAAACACAUGAUGAUCCACACUGGAGACAGACCAUACACAUGCACUCAGUGUGGGAAGAGUUUUGGCCAAUCAUCAAAUCUUAGUAAACACAUGCUGAUCCACACUGGAGAGAAACCGUUCACCUGCACCCAGUGUGGGAAGAGUUUCAGCCAAUCAUCAAACCUUAAUCUACACAUGAAGAUCCACACUGGAGAGAGACCAUACACAUGCACUCAAUGCGGGAAAAGCUUUAGCCAAUCAUCAAACCUUAAUCUACACAUGCUGACCCACACUGGAGAGAAACCAUUCACAUGUACUCACUGUGGGAAGAGCUUUAGCCAAUUAUCCAACCUUAAUCAACACAUGAAGAUCCACACUGGAAUACGAGAGCAUAUGUGCUUUGAGUGUGAGAAGACUUUUAUUACAGCUAGAGAAUUGAAACGGCACCAGAGGGUUCACACUGCUCGCGUGUACCGCUAAACACAAUGAUGGCAGUUGAGAGAAGAACAGUUUCAUAAACAUCCUGCAAACAGCACCACUGCGGCACGUCUCACCUUUACAGCGUUUAACAUUUGCUGUGGACAGCCUAUUCUUCUGUCCUGUGUUUGCUUCUUUAUGCCCAGUUCACACUGUCAGGUCUUGUAGUAGAUUGACUUGCACAGAAGAAUUGUUCACCUGAAAAAUAGAAAUGUUCAAUGUAAAUUUCAAUUUCAAACAGACUUUAGAUCCUAACACUUCCUCAUGUUCACAGGUUGCAUUUAGUUAUUAAAAAAACAGUAAAAUUGUGAAUGCCAGAAAAAUUGUUUGCUGUUUAUCUGGGGCCGGGUCACAGGGGCAGCAGUCUUAGCAGGGAAAAGUAGACCACCCUCUCCCAAGAAACUUUCUCCAACUCUGUGGAGUUCCCAGAGCCUUCCUAUUGAGCAGAGAGACAUAAUGCCUCUCCUGGGUCUUCCCUGGGGCCUCCUCCCUGAGGGACAAGCCCAGAACACCUACCUAGGUAGUAGUCUAGGAGGCAUCUCCUAGACAGAAGCUGCUGCUCUACUACUGAGUUCCUCCCAGGUGACAGUUACCCUAUAUCUUUGGGUACGUCCUGCCAUGCUGCGAAAAAAACAAACUUUGCCCGUUUGUAUUCGAGAUCUUGGCCUUUCACUCAUGAACCAAAGUUUAUGACCAUUGGUCAGAGUAGGAUCUUAGACUGACCAGUAAAUUGAGAACAUUGCUUUUCCCCUCAGCUCCUGCUGCUGCUCCACCAAUCUGCCUUUCAAUUUCAUCUUCCAUCCUUCCAAAAACUGGAGAUGGCAAGCCACCUCUUCUAGUCAAGCACCAUGGCCUCGGACUUAGAGGUGCUGCCUGUUAUUCCUGCCUCCUUUGCCAUACUCUGCAGCAAACCAUCCCAGUGCAUGCUGAAGGUCCAUGUCCCAUGAAUCCUAAAGGACAAGAUUAUCUGCAAAUAGCAAAGAUGAAAAACAGAUGAUGAUGAACAGAACUACUGAGAAAGAGUCUCGCCGGCAUCCAACAUGCACCGGGUACAAGUCUGACAUAUUGCUGGCAAUGUGACCCAAACUCCUGCUCUGUUCAUACAGGGACCGGACAGCCCUCAACAAAGUGCCUCCAACCCAAUACUCCCAGAGCACCCCAUACAGAAUCCCAUCUCCAACUUCACAAAACACAUGUGGACGGGUUGAUCAUACUCCCACAAACCCUCAAGCACCCUAGUGUGGGUAUAGAGCUGGUCCAGUUUUCCACAGACUGGAUAAAGUCUGCAUUGUUUUUCCUGGAUCUAAGGUUUAACCAUUAGCUGGAUUCUCCUCUCCAAUACUCUGGCAUAGACAUUUCCAAGGAAGCUGAGGAGUGGGAAUUUAUUUGUAUUUUUUCCCCUUGUAGUUGAAACACCGCCUCUGGUCCCCCUUCUUAUUAGUGGGAACCAUCCCAGCUACCCAGUCUAGAGGUACUAUCCCAUAACAGUUCAUCAAACUGGACUUGGCUCAGUCAGAAGCACCGCUGAAAGCCUCCAUCAUCCAGGUUCAGUUUCUGUAGGAGUUUAUGAGCUCACAGAGCUGGAUGCACCUCUGGAAGGAUGUAGUGGACUCAGACACGGCACUUAACGUAUCGACGCUGUUUUUCAGCCUUCUUAAAGCACAUAAACACUGUUCUCUUCUUCAUAAAAUCCAUGUUAGCCAUUUAGCUAUGAAGCUAGAGUCACUGGGCAGACAGAAGCCCUGCCCAUCACGCGAAUCCGCGUCUGUUCUGAAGUGAAUUUGAUGCGCACAUGAAGCGAGUAAACUCAAAUGUUCACGUGGCUAUUUAUGCGCAAUUUAUCCAUGCGUUCUGUGUCUGGUGUGAACCAGCAUAAGAACUUCAAAUGUUUUUUAUAAACAUGAGAAGAUUAAAGGGUAGCU